GAGCCCCCAGCCCCCCGCUGGUCACCCAGACCCCGCGGGCCGCGCGCGGAGGUCGCCGCCUGGAGCCCGGGUCCUUUUGUUGGGCGCGCACCCCCUCCUUUGGGUGGCCACGAAGUCGCGCAGUGGGAACCGCCGCGAGGGGGCGGGGAGCGGCCAGGGCGGGACUGCGAGUGCCGCCGGGGGGCAGUCGGGCCAAAAAGUGGGGAGCAGGAAACCGGGCAGGCGCGUCCGGGGAUCGGCCGGGACACCCCGCUCAGAAGUAUGCGGAGGGCCCCCUCGCGGGCCCCGGCACUCGCGGAGAGCCAGCCUCGCAAAAGUUUGGCGGCGGCCGCCCCGGCCGCGUCGAUGGCUGCGCGCCCCGCGGCGCGCGGGGGCUGAGCGGGCGCCACUUCCCCCCUCGGCCCCGCUUUUGUGUCUCGCGUCUCCUCCCUAUGCUGCGCCCGGCCACCUCCUGCAGCGGCCGCUGCUGAGGCGCUCGCUCGGGCGGCGGGAGGCAGGGCCGGCGGCGGGCACGGCCGCGGCGCGCGGUCCGCUCCGGCGGGGACUAUGGGCAACGGGAUGUGCUCCCGAAAGCAGAAGCGGAUCUUCCAGACGCUGCUGCUGCUGAGCGUGGUCUUCGGCUUUCUCUACGGCGCGAUGCUCUACUACGAGCUGCAGACGCAGCUGCGGAAAGCCGAGGCGGUGGCGCAAAAGUACCAGCAGCACCAGGAGUCCCUUUCCGCCCAGUUGCAAGUUGUGUAUGAACACAGAUCAAGAUUAGAAAAAUCCUUGCAAAAGGAAAGACUUGAACAUAAGAAAGCAAAGGAAGAUUUUCUUGUUUAUAAGUUAGAAGCACAAGAAACACUAAAUAAAGGAAGGCAAGAUUCUAAUAGUAGAUACAGUGCAUUGAAUGUGCAGCAUCAGAUGUUGAAAAGUCAGCACGAGGAGCUAAAGAAACAGCACAGCGACUUGGAAGAGGAGCACCGCAAGCAGGGAGAAGACUUCAGUAGGACGUUUAAUGACCAUAAGCAGAAAUACCUGCAGCUGCAGCAGGAGAAAGAGCAGGAACUUUCUAAGCUGAAAGAGACCGUGUACAAUUUGAGAGAAGAGAACAGACAACUAAGGAAAGCACACCAAGACAUACAUACACAGCUUCAAGAUGUCAAGCAACAGCAUAAGAAUUUACUCACCGAGCAUGAACAUCUUGUAGUGACUUUGGAAGACCACAAGAGUGCACUAGCGGCUGCACAGACUCAAGUUGCAGAAUAUAAACAGCUGAAGGACACUCUGAAUAGGAUUCCCAGCUUUCGAAGAGCAGAACCGGCAGAGCAGCCAAGUGUUACUCAGGCGGCACAUUCCCCACAAGGCGACACCACAGCACGGGAGAAUCCAGACCGGGAGCCGCAGGAGGUGUCUCGAAACAGUGAUGCGUGGCAGAAUCAUGGAGCCGUGGCUGGAAGAACAGAGGAAACAAAACAUGAUCCUCCCACUCAGAAGGAGGCCGAACUUCAGGCAGCAGAGCUCAACCAGCCACAGGCGGAAGCCAGAGAGCCCGAGGGGCACCAGGUGGAAGAGGAACAGAGAAAGGCCCUGGAGGAGGAGGCGAUGGAGCAGGUGGGGCAGGCGGAACGUCUGGAGGAGGAACACGACCCAUCGCCAGAGGAGCAGGACCGGGAGUGGAAGGAACAGCGGGAACAGAGAGAGGAUGGCAGGGAAGGGCACGCACAUGCUGAGGUAGGAGCUGAGGUGCAUCCUUCAGCAGAGCCCGUUACCAAAUUCCGAUCUCCGUAUGAGGAGCAGCUGGAACAGCAGAGGCUGGCGGUGAGGCGCGCAGAGGAGGCCCAGAGGCUGAGACAGCACCAGGAGGCCCUGCACCAGCAGAGGCUGCAGGGACAUUUGCUGAGGCAGCAACAGCAGCAGCAGCAGCUUCUGGCCCAAGAGAUGGCCCGGCAGAGGCAGGCCCGGCACGAGGAGGGGCGGCCGCAGCGCCCCGAGCAGCUACGGCAGCAAGCUCAUUAUGAUGCUAUGGAUAAUGAUAUUGUUCAGGGAGCAGAGGACCAGGGCAUCCAAGAAGAAGAAGGAGGUGCCUAUGAGAGAGACAACCAGCACCAAGAUGAGGCAGAGGAGGACCCAGGGAACGGCCACGCGCCCCGAGGACAGGGCCUCCAGGAAGCGGACCCAGACUCUGAGGCAGACAGGGCAGCUGUGGAGGACAUCAACCCCGCGGAUGACCCUAACAAUCAAGGCGAAGACGAAUUUGAGGAGGCCGAGCAAGCGAGAGAAGAAAAUCUGCCAGAUGAAAAUGAAGAGCAAAAGCAAAGGCAUCAAAAGCAAGGGAACGCGGAAAUGGAGGAGCAUUUGGUGAUGGCGGGAAAUCCAGAUCAGCAGGAGGAUAAUGUGGACGAGCAGUACCAGGAGGAGGGCGAGGAGGAGGUUCAGGAAGAUUUGACUGAAGAGAAAAAAAGAGAAUUGGAACAUAAUGCUGAAGAGACGUAUGGUGAAAACGAUGAAAAUGCUGAUGAGAAAAACAAUGAUGGAGAGGAACAAGAAGUUCGAGAUGACAACCACCCCAAAGGCCGAGAGGAACACUAUGAGGAAGAGGAGGAGGAGGAGGAGGACGGGGCAGCUGGUGCUGAGAAAUCACAGCAAAGAGCUGAAAUGUAGCUGCCCCCCGCCCCCCAAUUUCUCAGACAGCACUCAGCGGACAGAUUCCUUACAAGCUGCUCAGAAAUAAACCUGCCUACUGAACUCUAGGAUAUUUAAUUACAAAAACUAAGAAUUUAGACUUUUUUUAAACUUUUAUAUUAGAAAUGCAAAUACAUUUAUAUAAAUAUAUUUUAAUAACCUAGGUUAGAGCUUCUUUUAUAUUCAAGCUAAACCCAAGCAAGAAAGAGAAAUUUAGGCUCUGAAUCUCUUUUUUUCCCCCCAAUGAUUAUGUGAUGUUGGAAAGGACAUCGAUUUUGUAUAUGCUUCAACUUGUUACUUUUCUAUCUUCUAGUUUCCAGGUGUUAUACAUUGUUUGCCUUUGAUAAAAUACAGGAUUUCAAAAUAAGAAAUACUGCAAAAAAAACGCUGUUCGGAAUUUAUGGAGAAUAGCCCGUUUACUAACUGCUCCCUUUUCGAGGUUCUAGUGUAUAUAUAUAAUCUGAUAGACUUUUCACGCAUCUGUGUUGCUGGGAUAAGAUUCAUGUACAGAGUGACAUUGUUUCCCAGACUUGUCACAUCAGUUAGAAAAAUAUUUGGCUUUACUUAAAAUCACAGCCCUUCUUCUUGAAAUGAAUUAAAUUUAAAAGUGAGGUAGUACUAAAUUCAUCUGACAGUGUUCUGGACUUAGAUAUUUCAGUAUUCAAACAAGGUAUGGCACCUUAGUGUAGUAACCUUUUUGAAGGACUGACAUGUUGUUUAAUAACUAAUUGACUGUGGAUGGGUAGUGUUUUCUACAUGAGCACCCAUUCUAUUAUUUUUCCACAGCGACCUAGCAAAAUUCUUGUUUCAUUAUCUAGUUCCCUACAGUAAUAGAUAUUUCCCCUGUAAGCUCUAUGCCUCAGUAAGUACUCUCUGAUGACAAGUAUUUAUAAAGGCAUACCAAAAUGUAUAAUUGAAUAGGAUUAUUUUUUAAAAACUACAUGGUGAGGUACACAUGGUGGUAGGAUAGACCCUGAUGACUUUUCUGCUCGCUGAGGUUGGGUCUCCAUCAUGCCCACAGAGAGGCAUUUUAAUGAUAAGUUAUAAAAAUUCCUUAAAAUAAAGAAGUUAAAAAUAAAAAUUCCCUUGGGAUAGAAACAUUUCAAUCUUAAGCAUAAAGAUUUUUAGAUAUAUAAAAUCAGGUUAUAUAAUUCAUGUGUGUGGUUUUGUAAUAAUAAUAAUAAAAAACAUUUCAAUUUCUACUGUUGUAUGAAUGUAAAUUUCUUUUUUAGUAACCACACUCAUGUAUGGUUCUGAUUGUCCCAAUUGAGUGAUUGCGUAUAUAUGCAUAGGAAUGUUUGUUCAGCUGUAUUUUGGAUUUUCAAUAAUCAUAAAUCAAAUUUUACCUUUAUGUAUAAAAACCCUUUAUGUAAUGUAAAAUGUAUAAUAUUGUACAUAAUAUUCAAAAUACAAUUAUUUUGGUAAAUUAGUUUGUAUUUUUAAUGUCCCAGUUGCAGUAUUUAAUUAUUUGAAACAUUGAAACUUGGUAAAAGUCAAUAAAACUAUAAAAAGAAAGUGAUCAA